CGGGGAGCGUCGGGGGCCUUGCGGCGCGUGUCUGGGGACAACGCGGCCAUGCGGGCGGCGGCGGGGGGCGCGCGGGCGGCCGCUCUGGCGCUGCUGCUGGGGGCGCUGCACGGGGCACCGGCGCGCGGCGAGGAGUACGACUACUACGGCUGGCAGGCCGAGCCUCUGCACGGCCGCUCCUACUCCAAGCCGCCGCAGUGCCUCGACAUCCCCGCCGACCUGCCACUUUGCCACACGGUGGGCUACAAGCGCAUGCGGCUGCCCAACCUGCUGGAGCACGAGAGCCUGGCCGAGGUGAAGCAGCAGGCGAGCAGCUGGCUGCCGCUGCUGGCCAAGCGCUGCCACUCGGACACGCAAGUCUUCCUCUGCUCGCUCUUCGCGCCCGUCUGCCUCGACCGACCCAUCUAUCCGUGCCGCUCGCUGUGCGAGGCCGUGCGCGCCGGCUGCGCGCCGCUCAUGGAGGCCUACGGCUUCCCCUGGCCCGAGAUGCUGCACUGCCACAAGUUCCCUCUGGACAACGACCUCUGCAUUGCUGUGCAGUUCGGGCACCUGCCUGCCACCGCGCCUCCAGUGACCAAGACCUGCGCCCAGUGUGAGAUAGAGCACAGUGCAGAUGGCCUCAUGGAGCAGAUGUGCUCCAGCGACUUUGUGGUCAAAAUGCGCAUCAAGGAGAUCAAGAUAGAGAAUGGGGACCGGAAGUUGAUUGGAGCCCAGAAAAAAAAGAAGCUGCUCAAACCAGGUCCCCUGAAGCGCAAGGACACCAAGAGGCUGGUGCUGCACAUGAAGAACGGUGCGGGCUGCCCCUGCCCACAGCUGGACAGCCUGGCAGGCAGCUUCCUGGUCAUGGGCCGCAAAGUGGAUGGACAGCUACUGCUCAUGGCCGUUUAUCGCUGGGACAAGAAGAACAAGGAGAUGAAGUUUGCAGUCAAAUUCAUGUUCUCCUACCCCUGCUCCCUCUACUACCCCUUCUUCUAUGGCGCUGCAGAGCCCCACUGA